CCGCGCGGGCGAGGGGAACGGUCCGAGGUCGACGCGCGCGCGUCGGGGUUCCCGCUCGCCGCCGUCGCGAUGUCCUCAGCGCUCGAAGACGCGACGGAAGACGCGAGCGACGCCGCGGCGUCGUCGACGGCUCUCGGGGAGGAAGCGUCGUUCAACGAACGCGACGACGACGACGAUGUCGAGUCGGAAUCCGCGCAUCAUCGUCGUCCGACGCUGGAGGACCUCGGCGACGUCCUCGAGCGCGUCUUGACGCAUCUGGACGCGACCGAGCUCGCGAUGCUCGCGAUGACGUCCAGCGGGAUGCGCGCGUUCGUCUCCGCCGCACCGCUCGCGGUCAGAGUCGGCCCCGCGCUCGCGCGAGGGCGCGCGUACCACCCGCGCGCGCCCUAUCGCGACGUCGUGCGCGAUACGGACCCGAGGGCGAGGCUCGAGUCGACGCUUCGCGCGCUGCCGCGGCUGGCGUCGCGCGCGUCCGGGCUUGAUCUCACCGGCGCGACGCUCGCGUCCGACGCCGCGGUCGCGGACGCGAUCGCGGCGCUGUCGAGCAGCCUGCGCUCGGUGACGUUGGACGCGUGCCAUCGCGUCUCGCGCGCCACCGCGGACGCGAUUCGAGGAUCGAUUCGCGGGCGGUGCGGCUCGAGAGCUAAGAUGAUUCGCGCGGCGUCGUUUCAGCGGUGCUUCGGUCUGCUGGAGUCCGACGCGCGCGCGCUCCUGGGGGACGCGCUCGGGUGGAAGAACGAAGGAGAAGACGACGAAGACGACGAAGAAGAAGAAGGGGGCGGGCGCGGGAGAAGAAGAGCCGACAAGUCCGAGCUGCGCGCGCUGUGUCUGACGCAUCUUUCGGUGCCGCCGCCGCCGACCGCCGGCGUCCGCGGCGGCGCCGUCUUGACGACGCUGUCGCUCACGAACUGCGCGUUCGAGAUGUCCGCGAGCGACUUCGCGCGCGCGCUCUCGACCGCCGCGCCGAGGCUGGAAGUCUUGGGGAUCGGCGGAAGCGUCUUCGACGCGCCGCGCGCGCGAAGCCGAAGCGGCGGCGACGGCGAGCUCUCAGACGGCUCCGGCUCCGACUCGAACUCGCCGCGGUCGACGACGACGACGACGGCGGCGGCGACGCGCGCGGCGGAGCUCGCCGGCGCGUUCACCGCGCUCCCGCGCCUGCGCGCGAUGGAGGUGACGUUCGCGAACCCGGAGGAUCCGUUCACGCCCGCGUCCGCGUGGCUCGAACCGGUCGUCGAGGCGACGAUGCGGCGUCUUCGAGACGCCGGCGGCGGCGGCGGCGCGCCGCAACGAUGGGCGUUGUGGGACUUGUCCGACCCCGUCUGCGUGUUGGCGUUGCGAGGACGACGACGCGACGACGACGACGACGACGCGCGCGGCGACGCUGACGACGAGAAAAACGACGACGACGACGCGGCGGUGUUGAGAGCGGCCGCGAACUGCACGCCGCCGAAGCGUUUCAAAGCGACGCCGCUGCACAUGGCCGUCGCGGCGUCGCCGGCGGAGCCGAAGCCGUCGAGCCCGGCGUCGAGCGGCGGCGGCGGCGGCGCGAAGGACGGCGGCGGCGGCGACGGCGGCGCCGGGUACGCCGACUGUCGUUAA